GUUUAUGAGUAUUUGAACUUUUCUUAUUUCAAUUCGAAUAUGAGCUCUGACGACGAAUACUCGGAUCAAGAUCACGGAGAUUCGCAGCGUUCCAUAUACAGCCAAUCGUCGUUCAUGACUUGUGUAGAUAGCGAUGAGGACAUCUGCACAGAAAUCGAUUUACCUGAUCGACUCAGGCGCUUCGACGAGUUGGAUGAGUUCGCCUACACAGUCCUCACGGCAGAUCAGAUUGUCCAGGACCAGCGUAAUAUCAUCGACGAGGUCAAUAAUGUGCUGCAUUUAUCGCCGCAGCUCACACGCAUCAUAUUGAAUCACUUCAAAUGGGACAAGGAGACGCUCUUCGAGAAGUACUUUGAGAGCACUCCAAAGGAGUUUUUUCAGCGCGCCCAUGCAGUGAAUCCGUUCUCCACGCCCUCAACGCAAUGCAUUAAGUCACCGUCGACUGUGAGUGUGAUUGAAAAUCUCUGCGGUAUUUGCUACUGCCCCUGUGAUGAUAUGAAGGGCCUGGAUUGUGGUCACACAUUCUGUUCCGCCUGCUGGAAGCAGUAUUUGGCCAAUAAGACAUGCAGUGAGGGAUUAGCUCACAGCAUCACUUGCCCCGCCAGUGACUGUGAUAUCUUGGUCGAUGAUGUAUCGUUCGUCAAGCUGGCUGAUAAUAUGGAAGUGAUUGCCCGCUACCAGCAGCUGAUCACCAACACCUUUGUGGAGUGCAAUCCACUGAUGCGCUGGUGCUCGGCCCCCAGCUGCACCAAUGCCAUCAAGGCCAGCUACUGUGAGUCGCGUGCCGUGCGAUGCACCUGUGGACAUGAGUUUUGCUUUGGCUGUGGCGAAAAUUGGCACGAGCCUGUGAGCUGUGCCUUUCUGAAGCGUUGGCUGAAGAAGAACGCCGAAGAUUCGGAAACCUCAAAUUGGAUAGCGCAGCAUACCAAGGAGUGUCCCAAAUGUAACGCGACCAUCGAGAAGGAUGGCGGCUGCAAUCAUAUGGUGUGCAAGAAUGUCCAUUGCCUGUAUGACUUCUGCUGGGUGUGCCUUGGCUCGUGGGAGCCACAUGGCUCGUCCUGGUACAGCUGCAAUCGCUUCGAUGAGGACGAGGGCAGACAGGCGAGGCAGGCACAGGAGCGCUGUCGAUCAUCUAUGGCUCGAUAUUUGCACUAUUACAAUCGCCAUAUGAAUCACAUGAUGAGCAUGCGCGCGGAGCACAAACUGUAUGCCAGCGUCCAGGCCAAAAUGACUGAUAUGCAGGAGAAUAUGAGCUGGAUCGAAGUGCAGUUCCUCAAGGAGGCCGUCGAUGUGUUAUGCCAUUGUCGGGCAACGCUUUUGUACAGCUAUGUAUUUGCCUUCUAUUUGCGCAACAACAACCAGAAGAUCAUCUUCGAGGACAAUCAGCGUGACAUGGAGAUGGCCACGGAGAAGAUAUCCGAGUUUCUGGAACGCGAAAUAACCGUACAGAAUCUCUACGAGGUGAAGCAAAAGGUCCUUGACUUAACGCACUACUGUCGGAAGCGUCGCACCGUUCUCCUAUGCCAUGUUCGUGAGGGCUACGAAAAGGACUGGUGGGAUUUCAUGGAAUAGAUGGAACCUCAUUCCCGUUUUCUAAGCAGCAAUACAGACAAUCUUCCCAUGAUUAACACGCAAAGAAUCCAACAUUUCUCUAACAUACAAAGAAUCCAACAUUUCUCUGAAGAAUUUAAAUUUGAUUGACUGUCUUUUCGACGACCUAUUAAAAUGGCACAAAAGCUUUUGGCUUCCUCUCUGGUAGAGUGUUGUUAAUCUGCCAGAGCUAUCAAAAUUCUACAGUUAUAUAUUGUAAUAGGAA